UCAUUUUUCACCAUUUUCUGACAUUUUAUUGACCAAAUGACAAAUCAGUUGCAGCCCUGUUUAUGUGAAUAAUGUGAAAACUUGAAACUUCCAGUGCACGUACACAGAGAACUGACAUUUCAGUGUCCAGUAAGUAAAUAUCAGAAAUGUUCACCUAAACUAUUUGCAUAUUCAUAGAUUCUUGAUUUUACAAUUAGAAAGAAGAAGCAUGGUUUUAAAUAAGUUUAAUGUAACUUUUUUGUUGGAAAAAUAAAACAUUUUUUUUAUGUCAGUAUUUUUAUAUUAAAUGAUUACAUAUCUGGAAGGAAUCUUUACGUCAUUUUCAACUUUCAGGAUACUAAAAUGAAAUAAAUUUAGCUCCAAUGAUGAUGGAGCUACUCAAAAAUACUGACAAGCUAAUAAAUCAUUUCAUUUAGAGAGAGCUGCUCGAUCAUGCAAUGUGGGUCAUUUUGCUUUAAAUGAUUGAUAAUCCAGAGGGCACGGACCUAUAUUCUGCAACAAAUGAGUCCCAAAGACACUCUCGAUACUGUAACUGCACACCUCAUCUGCUCAGAGCUGCCUCUUGGGAGAAAUGAACUUGUUCAACAGCGUAUCUCCGCAGUGCGGAGGGAUGGAUGGCUGGAAGAGGGGACGGAGCAAACACCUGCUCACAUGCAACUUCAAGCUGUCACAUACAGUUAAGCUCAGCCGACUGAGCGCGUCUCCCCACAGCUCAAUGCAUAGCCUACGUGCUGCGGAUUUGGCGGCCACUCUUCCAAAGCAACAAAGAGCCGGGGCCUCUCCUGCCUGUCUGGAGAAUUUCAGAGAGCCUAUGCAUAUCUCCCGGACCCUACACACACACACACACACACACACACACACACACACACACACACACACACACACACACACACACACACACACACACACAGGCGACGAGCCACGGGCCGGCCACGCGCAGCUCCAGCGCGUCAGCAGGAAUUGGAUGGGAGUGAGGGAGGUGAAGGGGGAGGGAGGAGCUUUAUGAGUGGAGGUUAAAGCCAGAGCCCCCGCAGAGUGACCCGCACUGAGACUGGAGACAACACGGUACUUCUUCACUGUCUGAUGGACAGAGAGACCGGACUGUGAUCCGUAGAGAAAAGAAAACUAUCAUCUGACAAACUUCCAGAGGAGGUCCUGGGACACACCAGCACAGAGGACUAUGAUGAUUAAACCGUACGUGAGACAAGGGGAUGGCGAGGAGGACGUCAGCCCUCUGCAGUGGAUGGAUGGCGACAUGAGCUCACCUGAUGGAGACGCGUCAUCACACCACUACAGAGCGAGUGGCGUUAACCAGCAGGCCAGGGAGGUGGGGAGUGAGGAUGCUGAGGAAGAUGAAGAGGACGAAGAGGAAGGACAAGAGGAUGAAAACGGGUCCAAGCGGCGGGGGCCUAAGAGAAAGCGGAUGACCAAGGCCCGACAGGAGCGCUUCCGUGCCAGGCGUGUAAAGGCCAACGCCAGGGAGCGCUCACGUAUGCAUGGUUUAAACGACGCGCUGGAGAACCUGCGCAGCAUCAUGCCCUGUCACUCCAAAACCCAGAAACUGUCCAAGAUCGAGACACUACGGUUGGCCCGCAACUACAUUUGUGCUCUGUCCGAGGCCCUGGAGGGGGGUCUUUCCACAGAGAGCAGAGCUUUCAUGGAGACCAUGUGUAAAGGCCUCUCGCAGCCCACCACCAACCUUGUCGCAGGCUGUCUGCAGCUGGGUCAGACUCCAGGUGUCGGGGUGAGGCCUGAGGACAGACACGGAGUUCGGGCCCCGUCUACUCCUCUCGGUGGCGUGGUGAGCUACUCCUCUCCUGGCCUGCCGAGUCCGCCGUACGGCACUUUUGACUCUGCUCACCUGCUUCACCUGAGGGCGAUGAAAGGAGGAGUGUAUGAGAAUCACUCACCAAAUGAGUACAACGCCGGCGGAGUGGGGACCCCUCCUUACGAAGGCCCCCCUACACCACCUCUGAGCAUCAGCAACAACCUGGUGCCCAAACAGGAGCCUUCACCCCACUACUUACCCCCACAUCACUACUCGCCCUCCCCUGCAGAUCAAGGCCUGUAUCAGACUCAGACUGGCUACGACGUACACAUAGAGGGGCCGUAUGACUCCUACCAUCCGCCGCACAUGCCCCCCCGACAGAUAACCCCCAUCUACAGAGACUAAGAUGGAUCAGGAGGGUCGAUUCUGCUUCAGCCAUCGACACAACCUGACUGAUUGAGUCCGCUCUUCGAUUCUUCAUGAACACUGACUGACGUCUCUUAAGACCUUCUCAGUAGAAAGACUGAAAGUAGAAGAACUGUAGAAUAAAACUGCUUUGUUUACACGUGUGCUGCACAAUAGAUUAGCACUAAACAUCGUUGAAAUUAGAAAAUACUUGAUUUAAAACAUUUUCCUACAUUACCAAAUGUUUUAAGGGCCUUUUAAGUCCUAACAAGAAAUUUCACUUUGACCACAUAGUCGUGAUGGAUUAUCUGCUACAUCCUGUUAAUAUAAGCACUUCCAAUUUAGCUUUGGUAACAUCAGAUGUUCUACAUAAAUUAAAGUAUUUUUAUUUAUUCUCUAAUUUAAUACAGUAUAUAUGGGCUUUGUUCUGAUGUGCCAGUGUGUGUUUGGUUUUUCCUUUUGUAUAUAUAUUUGUGGUCAAGGCUUCUCUUUGUUUGCUACUUAGAUUGAUAGUUUCUCUCUUUUUUCUUUCUUUUGUGUCCCGUUUUCUUUGUUGUGUAUUAUUUUCAUGUUUUGCACUCAAAAACGCAUUCAGAGGUAGAUUUCAUAGCACAAUGUAGCCGAUCAUCGGAGGGUGUUGUCUGCAGAGGGAAGAUGUUUUGAUUUAUAGACAAAGAAAAAUGAAAUGGGAGAAAAUGAGCAAGGAGUUUAAGUGGGAGACAAGAAAAACUGUCAUUCUCAGGUUAACAUUGGAUAUAAUAUUUCCAACAAAUUUUGCAUUGGAUACAAUGUAAUUUUUUACUAUUUUUAAUUUUUGUUGAAUAAUUGAUGUUAUUAAAAUAUUAAAAAUCCAAUCAGCUAAUGGAUUCUGUGGUUGAUUUUUGUUAAAGUAGUUGAUACAUAGACUGAAAUGUCCUGGGCUGAUGUCAACACAUUAGUCUUCAUCUUUUUGUCUCAUACUACACCUUCAGCAUUUCAGCAUCCUGUUUACUCGCUAUUUUGUUUCUCAUUUUUCUACCCAGAUCUCAUGGUUUAGCAGCACUAAUCCUCUGGCCGUCUUUUAAUGAAAGGGCGGCUGUGCAAGGCGGGAUUGUAAGAUAAAGAUUUAUGAUUAACGUGGCUGCCCGGCCACACAGAUCCUCUCCUUCACUGACACUGGGACGGCAUAAUGCUGUCCUGAAAUUCACUCAGACCACAACUUUACACUCACAUAUGUAAUAAACGUGUGUAAAUUUAUACCCUUGACCUUUCAAAUACAGAGGCAUUUAUAAUACCUAAAUCAAGAUUUAUGGGGGUGAAGACCUUUCCCAUUGUUGAUGUAUCGAUAAAUAAUUAGAGAAACAUUAAAGCUGGAAAAGAAAAAAUAAUAAAGUAGAACAAUUGAAGAGGUAAAAAUUAAUACCAGGUUGGAAAUAUAAAACCAAGGUGAGAAAAUGAUAAAGACAAUAACAGACAUCUGAUCUAAGAGCAGCCACUUCUGUUCAUUCAUGUGUCUACGCUGGUCAGUGUGAAGGCCACCCACUGAGAGGUCAGUUGGGAAGGGUCACAAGGUCACACUGGGUCACAGCUAACUGGUGGGAAUGGUCUGAAAGAGUCACCAGUUGCAUCAUCACUCUGCUGGUCAAUUUGUCUUUCUGCAUCUUUCCCAUCUAGAACAGUGAGCGCUAGAUAAGUAUGAUGUUAGAGGUUAUAUUAUGGAUGAAACACUCAUAAUCCUGAUGAGCAUCCCACGCUUGACCUGCGUUUGGGAGAAAUAUAUCGCUUUGUUUUCACAAGGAUUAGUAUAAGCCUGUGUGUAUGUGUAUGUGUAUGUGUAUGUGUGUGUGUGUGUGUGUGUGUUUUGCGUUUGCAGUACUUACCAGGGAAACCAGGGACUGACUCUGAAGAGUGUGAUGAAUAACAAAAACAAGACAUUUUCGUGCUCCUAAGAGGCACAGACGAUCCCAAGACAAGACAUGUAGGAUAUUCCUUCUUUUAUCCACAUGAUAGAAUAAAAACAGAUGAUGGACUAAUGUCUCGAGAAAAUAAACCAUUUACCAUUUAAAAAAGGCAGUUUUUCACCCAAGUCAAACAAAGGACUGCAAUUGCCCUUACCCUUUUUGACCC